AUGGGAUGCUGUCAAUCGAAAAAAGCGAGAAAUCAGUCAACUUCAUCGGCAACUCGCAGAGAACCAGUGCCUCGACAUUACCCAAAAGGACCGCCACCUUCUUAUGAGCAAACUAUGAAAAACAAACCAUCGAAACGUUCCGCAGAGUCGAUUGAUCCGAGAAUUCAAAAUGAAAAAAAUCAAGAGAGAGAAGGAAAUAUGAUAAAGAAGGAGAAAGAAAAUAAACAAGUUGAAAAAGAGAAAUCAGUGGAACAACCAGUUGAGAAUGAAGCUGAGACGAAACUAAAAGAGAAUCGAGAUGAGGACGAGACACCAUAUCCCUCUCCUGCUCCACCUACGACUGCUUCUGGUCCAUCCGCAUCGGCGGCUCCUGAACCAGUUCAAAAUCAGCAAAAAUCCAAUUCAGAGUCAAAGAAAAAAACAAGAGAAAGCUCCAAACCGUCAUCAUCUCGUCCCGCGCCGCCACCGAUCCCACCUCGUCGUCCGCCUCCUCCAUCUGGACGUCCACCUCCACCGCCACCGCCACGUCAUCGUCCACCACCGCCACCUGGAUAUAGACCUCCGUAUUAUGGACCACCUCCUCCAGUGAUUGUUGGACCACCUCCAGUCAUCAUGAGUCCUUAUCCAUAUUAUUAUGAUACGGUAGUUUUUGAUCCGUUCUAUGAUGGAUAUUAUGGCGGAUACGGUUGUGAUGGAUACGAUUUUGGAUUUUAUUUUUGA